ACAGUCCAUUUCAGGGACAGGGAGGACUUGGGAAAGAGAAAUCCAUCCAUCCGUCCGCCCAAUUCCAUCCUCCCGAUUCCUUAUCAUCAGAUGAUACUUGCUAUCAUCAUCCAUUAACGACGAGGAGGAGGAGGAGGAGAGAUACUAGUAGUAGUAGCAUCGAGGUGGGCGACUGGAUUUGGUGCUGUGGCUGGCUGGCUGGCUGGCUGGUGAGGAGGAUGGCGAAUCCGGGAUUGAUCUGGUGGCAUUUGGCUGCCUUCUUCGUUUUUCUGGUAUCAGUAUCGCCGGCUAACGGCGACGACGGACCUUUCAUCCUGGCCCACAAGAAGCCCACCCUCACCAGGCUCAAGUCCGGCGCCGAACGUAUCUCUGUCUCUAUCGACGUCUACAACCAAGGAUCUGCGACGGCCUAUGAUGUGACUCUCAAUGACGAUAGCUGGUCCCGAGAUGUAUUUGACAUUGUCGGUGGUAACACCUCAAUGUCAUGGGAAAGGCUUGAUGCUGGGGCUUUUCUAGCACAUUCCUUUGAGUUAGAAGCCAAAGUUAAAACACUGUUUUAUGGUGCACCUGCUGUUAUCACUUUCCGUGUCCCCACAAAGGCAGCCCUCCAGGAAGCAUACUCAACGCCAAUCCUACCCCUUGACAUUCUAGCUGAUAGGCCUCCUGAGAAAAAGUUUGACUGGGCUAAGAGGUUGUUGGCAAAAUAUGGGUCCUUAAUCUCAGUUGUCUCCAUUGUAACUUUAUUCAUUUACUUGGUUGCAACCCCGUCCAAAUCCGGUGCUGCAAAGACUAGCAAGAAAAAGCGCUGAUUGUCGAGGAGCCGAAGGGCUGAGAUUGUCGAGGAGCUGAAGCUCAUCUUCCACUCGCUGCCUUGCCACUUGAUUUAUGUUGUAGGCAGGAACUUGGCUUUCUCGCUCCCCAUUCUGCUAUGUUGUCACUAGUCGAAUAGUUGUUCUCUAUCAUCAAUUUAGUUGUACUUUUUAUGAUCUUAGAACAGUUUUGGCAAUUUAUGGAAAGCUAGUCAUGAAAUGGGAACAAUUUUUGACAAUUUGGAUAGCGAAUUUUGAAGCUAGUUUGCAAUUGGUAUGGAGCAGAUUACCACUACA